AGGCGCGUCCCGGCCCCCUUUCCCGGGUCCGCCCGAAAGCGCUCCGCCCCCCGGCUAUGUAAGGCGGUCCGGCGCGGGGUCGCGCGCUCGCUAGACUCCGUGUCCCUCCGCGCAGGCGGGCGGCCCCGGAGAGCUAGUGCCUGCGAAGACGGCGACGGCGGCGUCCCCUCCCCAUCAUGAAUAGAGGCUUCUCUCGAAAGAGCCAUACGUUCCUGCCCAAGAUCUUCUUCCGCAAGAUGUCAUCCUUAGGGGCCAAGGACAAGCCUGAGCUGCAGUUUCCCUUCCUGCAGGAUGAGGAGACGGUGGGCACGCUGCAAGAGUGCAAGACGCUCUUCAUCCUGCGUGGCCUGCCAGGGAGUGGCAAGUCCACUCUGGCCCGGGUCAUCACGGACAGGUACCGUGACAGCACCAAGACGGUGUCUGCCGACACGUACAAGAUCACCCCCGCUCGAGGCGGCUUCUCAGAGGAGUACAAGCGGCUGGACAAGGAGCUGGCUGACUGCUGCCGCCGGGACGUCCGGGUCCUUGUGCUGGACGACACCAACCAUGAGCGGGAGCGGCUGGAGCAGCUCUUUGAAAUGGCCGACCAGUACCAGUACCAGGUGCUACUGGUAGAGCCCAAGACGGCGUGGAAGCUGGACUGUGCCCAGCUCAAGGAGAAGAACCAGUGGGGGCUGUCGGUGGACGAGCUGAAGAAGCUGAAGCCCGUGCUGGAGAAGGACUUCCUGCCACUCUACUUCGGCUGGUUCCUGACCAAGAAGAGCUCUGAGACCCUCCGAAAAGCUGGCCAGGCCUUCCUGGAUGAGCUGGGGAACAACAAGGCCUUCAAGAAGGAGCGGCAACACUUUGCCUCUGGGGAUGAGCACAGGGAGAAGGUUGACCUGGUCACCUACUUUGGGAAGAGACCCCCAGGCGUGCUGCACUGCACAACCAAGUUCUGUGACUACGGGAAGGCUGCCGGGGCUGAGGAGUACGCCCAGCAGGAUGUGGUGAAGAAGUCUUACUCCAAGGCCUUCACGCUGACCAUCUCUGCCCUCUUUGUGACGCCCAAGACAACGGGAGCCCGGGUGGAGCUGAGCGAGCAGGAGCUGCCACUGUGGCCCAAUGACGUGGACAAGCUGUCUCCCUCUGACAGCCUGCCCCUGGGGAGCCGUGCUCACAUCACCCUAGGCUGCGCGGAUGACGUGGAGGCCGUGCAGACUGGCAUUGACCUCCUGGAGAUUGUACGGCAGGAGAAGGGGGGCAGCCGAGGAGAGGAGGUGGGUGAGACACCCCGGGGCAAGCUCUUCUCCUUGGGCAAUGGGCGCUGGAUGCUGAACCUGACUAAGAAUCUGAAGGUCAGGGCCAUCUUCACGGGCUACUAUGGGAAGGGCAAACCUGUGCCCACACAGGGCAGUCGCAAGGGGGGUGCCUUUCAGUCCUGCACCAUCAACUGAGUGUUCUCACCACCCCUCGGUGCCCCUCUUUUGAAGGGAAGGGGGUGCAGAAGGAAGCAUGCCCUCUGCUUGAUCUUUAAGAUUUUUUUUUUAUUCAGUUAAUCUUGUAACUUUUCAAAACUUGUAAAAUAACUGCCCCUCUUUUUCUGCCUACCCUCUUCCUGUCUAAUUCAAGCUCUCAACAGAAAGCGGAGGGGGCAGGUACCAUUCAGGAAUCUGGACCAGAGUUGAUAAGGCUGGGCUGAGCGGGGCCUGGAGCUACAGCCACAACCAUGAGCCCUGCCCAGAGCUGACUAGUGGGAGAGACCUCAGGGCUCCGCGUCCCUUCAGUCCCUUCAGCCCCUUCAGCCCCUUCAGCCCCUUCAGCCGUGGGACACUGGUGGUGGGAGUGAGAGGGGAGGACCCCUGGGCUUUGAUCCUAUUUCUUAAUCGGUGUAGCCUCAGGAAGACUGAGGCUGCCCAUCAGGGUAGAAAAGGGGUUAACCUUUUAAGUGCCUGUCCCUUCCUUCCUCACACUGUAACUAGGUAACAGUUGGAUAGCUAGGAAAGAAAACAGAUCAGUAAAGGAGAGAGGAUGGCUGCUGGCCUCACCCCAGGAAGGGGAUGGGGUGGCCACCCUUCCUAGUGGUGUGGCUCUGCUAUAUGAUGGGAGACCGAGGCCAGAGACAGUGCGUGGUGGGGAAGCUCCAGCCUUGCAGUCUGCCCAGCCCAUCUUGCCUCCUUGGUGCCUCUGGAGGCCUCUGUGCCUCCUCUAAAGGGGGCUGGUGGGUACCAAGAGCCAGUGGAGUGGACUCCUGGCUGGUAAGGGCUAAGCCCCACCCAGUGCUAUUGGGAAGGAGGUUUUAACACUGCUACAUGGGCUCUGGUUCCUGGGGUGCCCUCCACUACCCUCUGCUCAGUAACAGAGCCUUGCUAAUUAGGUUGUCACUUGACAGAAGUGCUUGGGAUUUGAGUUACCCAUCCUGGCUUUGCCCAACCUCAGUAACUUGUAAUACUGAUAAUGAAAUAAAUCGUGUUAAUCCUA